AUGAGGAAGGAGUACGUUUGUUUUAAAAAAGGGGAGAGAAAAAAUUCUAAGGCCACUAUACGCCGUCGGGGUUUAACUAGAGAAAAAUGUGGUGCAAAACUUGCUGUCGUAAGAAAAGCACGAGAUCUUUACAAUGAUAAAAGAGAUAGGAAGAAUGUAGUACAUGGUCAUGAUGCAAACAUUUUGUAUGAACAUUUCGAGAUGGAACAACAAAAGAAUCUGGGCUUUAGGUUCACAUUUGAGAGAGAUGAUAAGGAUAGAAUGACUCAUUGUUUUUGGGCGGAUGCGACAUCUAGAAAGUCAUAUCAAUAUUUUGGGGACGUGGUAGUGUUUGAUACUACGUACUACACAAACAAAUAUUUCUUGAUAUUUGCACCUAUAUUGGGGGUCAACCACCACAGGCAGACAACACUUCUUGGGUGUGCAUUCUUGAGUGAUGAAAAAACUGAUUCGUUUAUGUGGCUCUUCAAUGAAUGGUUAAAAGCGAUGCCAGGUGGACCACCCAAAAUGAUCAUAACUGAUCAAGAUCCGGCAAUGACAAGAGCAAUUACUUCUGCUCUUCCAAAUACGUUUCAUCGAUAUUGUAUUUGGCACAUUGACAUGUAUGAAAUUCGUGAUAGAUGGGUUCCCGCAUAUACGAACCACAUGUUUUCUGUCCACAUGACUAGUAGUCAACGGGCUGAAAUUUCUCAUUCGUUUUUCAAGAGAUAUGUGUCCAAAAAAAAUUCAAUGAUGGAUUUUGUGACGCGAUUCAAUAGGGCACUUGCCAAAAUCCGACAUAAUGAAUUGAAUUUGGACCAUAAAGAUGUAAAUGAGAAGCCUCUCUUGAAAACCUCGUGGGCAAUGGAAAAGAAAAUGAGUGAAAUAUAUACACGGAGCAUAUUUGAGAGGUUUCAAGAGGAGAUCUUUCAAAUUAAUGCGUAUAUGGUUACGUUCAUACGCGAGAAUGAACAUUGGUGUUUGUGGAAUGUUCAGAGAGAAGAAACAGAAGGUGCGAGAACCUGUGAGAUUUCGGUGGAUAAGUCAUCCAACCUUGUGAGUUAUAGCUGUAAGUUGUUUGAAUUUGAUGGAAUUCCAUGUCGGCACCUGUUGGCGUACCUUUUUAGAAUGCAAAUUAGGGAACUCCCUAGUGAAUACAUCUUGCAUAGGUGGACGAAAACAGCAAAAGCGGGCAGGGUGAUGGAUGACUUAGGUAGUGGUGUGAAAGAAAUAUGUAACAGUUCAUUUCUUGUGAGGCGACAAGGUCUCUUCCAACUUGCUUGUACAGUUAUCGAUGAUGCUGUAUUAGAUGAAGAAGAAAGUGAAGUUGUGCGAGAUGCUUUGAAAUCUAGUCAAAUGAAGAUUGCAUUGAUGAGGAGUUCUCGCCAAGAUGGUUCAACGAAUUGUAUCCAAGUGCCGCCUUCUCUCGGAAGCCAACAUAGUUUGAAAGAACCACUUUAA